UUAUCUUUCAUUUCACUCCCUUGAUUGAUCGAUCGAUCGAUCGAUCUCUUCCCCUUAAUUCCUUCCAUAAUCUCAUAGUAAUAGUAAUAACUAUUCUUUCUUCUUUAUCAUCGUAUCAUAUCAAAUCAAAUCAUCAGAUACAAUAAAACGUCUUGGUUUUAUAUCGAAAAUUAAACAACUAACAAGCUAAUUAAGCAAGAAGAAGAAUAAAGUUUGAAAGGAAAUGACAAUGUUGAUCAGCGGCAACAACGGUGGUGGUGGGUCAGUAGUAGUAGGACCAUUUGGUGACACUACGUUGACCAAAGUCUUCGUUGGCGGAUUAGCGUGGGAGACACCUAAAGAAGCCAUGCGAGAUCAUUUCGAAAAAUACGGCGAUAUUCUCGAAGCCGUUAUUAUCUCUGACAAACUAACCGGUCGUUCCAAAGGCUAUGGAUUUGUUACGUUUAAGGAACCCGAAUCGGCAAAGAAGGCAUGCGAGGAUCCAACACCCGUGAUCAACGGCCGACGGGCCAACUGUAAUCUUGCUUCACUUGGUGCACGCCGCCAGCGAACCUUAGCAGUUGUCCCGCCUACACCACCACCAAUGCCACCCCAGCAAACUGGGCCAAAUGUGGUAGUGGGACCGAGAUCUGCGGGAGUGAUCACACCACCUCCUAAUCACGUGCAGUGGUAUUAUCCACCAACGCCUACACCGGCGUCACCGUUCCAUCACCAUCACCCGCACCAGAACACCGUGCCAUACUACGGUUAUGCUCCGGCAACAUACGUUGCUACAACCGAUGUCAGCUACAAUCAUAAAUUAGGAUACACUGGCGGGGCAUAUGUGACUGGAGGGCACUACUCACAUGUGUAUCCUGGUCAAGCAACAGUUGGGGCACAUACAUUGAUGCCCAUGUACCCUAUGUAUCAAUACCAUCAUCAAUCUCAAGCAAUGGGCUUACCAGCCCAGAUCUUUUGUGCCCCAACAUCUGCUGGCCCAGUCUCUACUGUUCCUGCUAUUCUCUCAAAGCCCACACAAAUUACUCCAGCUCAAGUGUGUUUGGCUGUUGAAUAGGUGGUACAUAUGUGGAAAAAGGAAGAAGCUUUAACAAAAGCGGCUAAAAGUGGCAAAUAACAAAAGAGGAGGGGAGUAGAGUGGCUUUUCAGAACAACCUUAUUUUAUUUUGUCUGCAAUGACCGCUUCUACUUACUUUCCUUUUUUUAUUUACUCUAAUUCACAUUAUUUUUUCAAUUAAAUUUAACUCAUUUAUCAUUAA